GUUUGCAGUCCCCCCCUAUAUCAUCCUGGCCAGAUGUGAGCUCCGAGUUACAGACAACUCACAUUCAGAGAAGACUGUCACUUCUUGGAUCUGUACAUCCAGCACAGCAGCAGACAUGAAUGCAAAAUACGCCUUGGCACUCAUCCUCACUCUGCAGGUCUCCAUGAGCCUGUGUGAUGUUCCAGCACCAGAUCAGGAGCUUGUUGAAAAGUAUGACCAGCUGAAAUCUGUGUUCUACAAGAGGCUGCUGAAUGCUUAUGGCAAGCUUCAGGCCGCUGCUUCUCCACUUGUGGAGAGAGUGGGUGACAGUCAGCAGAGUCAGGCUGCCAAGGACUACAUUGAGGAGCUGAUGGCCAAGCCUGAGUUCCAAGCCGUCGUCAAGGUUGCCACUGGUCUGGGUCAGGAGGCAGCUCCUCUGGCAGACAAGGCCCGUUCCACAGCCCUGGGUCUGUAUGGUCACUACAUGCGUCCCGUCGUCGGCGACUACCUGAGCGAAGCCAUCGAUCGUAUCAAGGUGUAUCUGGAUAAAUACAUGCCCGCUGAGUAAAGAAGACCAAAUACAGCAAACCCCCUGCCACCAGCCUGUAAUAGAUAAUAGCUCAUAGAAAUUACAUCAAUUUAGGCUGAGAAGAGCAAUGUACAAUGCAUCCUUUGCUUCUUUUCCAGUUAAUAUCUUUGCCAAAGGGAGCAAAGUUAAAAGCAUGUCAAACAUGUCAACACCAUCUAUGCAAAAUUGUGCAUGUACAGUAUUUUGUGUUUGAUACACUAACCAUAGUCUUUGUGUGAUUGUGUAUGUAUAUGUGUGAGUGCGUUCAAUAAAAUGAACUGGAAACAA